AAGGAAUACUUAGUGCUUAGAAUUGUUUCACAGUAUGAGCUGCAGGUUUCUAAGUUGCCUUAAUAAUUCAUUUUAACUAUUUGCAGAAUGUUGUUUAUUGCCAUGAAUAUAGUUCAAUUCUAUUGUGGACUAGGUGUACUGUAGUAGCUUCAUCGAGUAAUCACAAGAAGUCAAUUGUUACACUCCUUAAUUACAUGUUACAAGUGUCUUGUUUAACCUUACAUCACUCCAACACAGUACAACACAGAGGUUACAACAAAGGACUUGCUAACUACUUAAAAAGAGGACAUGGGAAAUAUAGCACUACCGGGAUUUUUUAAAUGCUGUAAGAAAAAAGCAACGGAGGAAACUAAUGAUAACACAAGUGUGAAAAGUACAAGUGAAAAUCCAGAACGAGAGUUUUGGUCUAGCAAAACAGAUUACUUGCUGUCUUUGGUGGGGUACGCCGUAGGACUUGGAAAUGUCUGGAGAUUUCCAUAUCUCGCAUACAAACAUGGUGGAGGUGCCUUCCUGAUCCCUUAUGUAAUAAUGCUGGCUCUGGCAGGUUUACCUUUAUUAUUUUUAGAGUGCUCACUAGGCCAGUUUGCCAGCCUCGGCCCCAUUGAAAUAUGGAGAAUUACCCCCCUUUUCCAAGGUGUCGGGUUUACUAUGGUGAUUAUAUCAACCCUUGUAUCUAUAUAUUACAAUGUCAUUAUUGCUUACAGCUUAUUUUAUUUAUUCGCUUCAUUUCGAAGCUAUCUGCCAUGGGGUGAUUGCUAUGAAUGGGCAGAUAGUAGCUGUCAAGGCACCAUAAAUGGUUUCUGCAACGUCACUUUGGACAAUGCUACAAUGACUAUGAACAUGUCUUCAGUACAUGAACAAAAUCUGACUUGUAUUGCAGACAACACAACAGAGCUCCCAAGCAAGCAAUACUGGGAUAAAGUAGCUCUGAAGCGAUCAAGUGGUAUGGAUGAAACAGGCAUAGUUGUUUGGCACUUAGCGCUCUGUCUGCUACUGGCAUGGAUUAUAACUGCCGCUGCCCUGGUCAAAGGAAUAAAAUCUUCUGGAAAGGUGGUAUAUUUCACAGCCGUGUUUCCAUAUAUAGUCCUCAUCAUACUUCUUAUUAGAGGAGUCACACUGGAGGGAGCAAGGGAUGGUAUUGAAUACUUUAUUGGACAACAGUCUGAUAUUUCAAAGCUUUCCAAUGGAGAAGUGUGGAGAGAUGCUGCUACCCAAAUAUUUUAUUCUCUUAACACAGCUUGGGGAGGAUUGAUUGCUCUUUCAUCCUAUAACAAAUUCCAAAACAACUGUUACUGGGACUCCAUAGUGGUUUCCGUUAUAAACUGCCUGACCAGCAUCCUUGCAGGAUUUGCUAUCUUCUCCAUCCUUGGUCACAUGGCCCUAGUGUCAGGCAAGAAGGUUCCUGAAGUUGUGGAUGAAGGAUUUGGUCUGGCAUUCAUUGCCUACCCUGAUGCAUUGGCCAGGCUUCCAGUAUCUCCCCUCUGGUCUAUUUUGUUCUUCUGUAUGCUCCUGGCAUUAGGACUUGACUCUCAGUUUGCACUAAUUGAAACUCUUACAACAACAAUACAAGAUGUUUUCCCAAAAGUAAUGAAAAAAUUGAGGAUUCCCUUGACAACUGCGAUAUGCGCUGUGUUAUUCUUACUAGGGCUCCCGUGUGUUACACAGGCAGGAAUAUAUUGGGUAAACCUCAUUGACUCAUUUUGCGGUGGAUGGGCUCUUCUAUUUGCUGCCGUUUUGGAGCUGGUGGCUGUAAUCUGGAUAUAUGGUGGCAAUAGAGUUAUCUUGGAUAUAGAGAUGAUGCUUGGGAAGAAGCACUGGAUAUUCUGGUUGUGGUGGAGAGUAUGCUGGUAUUUUGUAUCCCCGGUAUUGCUAGCAGCUAUUUUAAUCUGGUCUUUGGUCACAUACGAAGCUGCAGGAUAUGGUGGUGUAGUUUACCCGAAAUGGGCAAUUAUACUAGGAUUUUUAAUGGUCGUCUUCUGCCUUAUAUGGAUUCCCAUCAUUGCUAUUGUGAAGGUCAUUCAAGCCAAAGGGAACAUUUUUCAGCGUAUUGCAAGUUGUUGUAGACCAACUGAAAACUGGGGACCUGCCCUGGUGAAGAAUCGUGGGGAGAGGUACAAAGAUAUGAAGGAUGACAGAGUCAAGGAGGAGGACAAAGGAGUGGAAAUUCCAGAUAUUAAAGGAGUUGAUAAUGUUUCAUUUCAGAGAGACUAAGACAACCCAUAUGUACAGACCGUAGAGAUUGACCAUCUCUAUCAGACUGAUGAAUCCAUAGACUAACUGCUAAAUGGCAUCAAGAGGUUUGCUAAAGUGACAAGUAGCCUAAUCAGAGCUGCGUAAACAUGCACAAGUCACAUUUCUUGUAUGGAUACACACAUUAGGCAAUGGAAGUGUAAAAUACUGCGUGAACAAGUGCUAAAUAAAAAGAAAAUAUACGACAAUAGCCAAGGCUUGGAAACAGCCCAAGGUCUCCUUUUUGGCUGCCAAACGCAAAAUUCCAUGGAUUAUGUCCCAGAAGAAGUUGGCCAGCAUUUUGCUUGACUCUAAAGCCCAAUUUGAAUCUACCUGGGAACCCUGGGCACAUCACAUGGGCAUUACUCUCCUCCCUGUGGUACCGGCAUAAUGAACACACAUCUCUUACCCAUCUUCGGCUCACUUCCUGUUGAUUGACUUCUCUUCUCUCCCCUCUUUUCCCCUCCAUGCUCUGUUCCCCUCCCCUUCGCAGGUACAAUAUGGCCCUCCAUUACAUCCGCAGUGACCUUGUAGACCAAGUACCUUGGAGUUUUUAGGUCAAAGGGCCCUACACUCGAGGCAUGUAGUCUACGUACCUAAACCACUCUACCAGACGCAAAACUCAAUGCCAAACCAUGGAAAAGGUUACACUCUGGGAACUCAGGGUGGCUAUCAGGGCAUAGUAUGUUCCCAUUUAGGGUGCCGGGAGAGCCUCACCGGGAUCCUGGAACAGGUAAUCUAGCAGCAUGAGUGCUCAGCCGAGAAGACAGUACCAAUUUUCUAUCCUCGCCACCACACCACUGCUUUUCUUUUCUGCAAGAUUGUAGGCUCGUUUAAUGCCCUGUGAGAUUUUUGAAUUCCAUGUAUGUCUGUUUCAAACGAAUAAAAAUAUUUGAAAGUAAAAAAUAAAAUGUACAUAAAAAUACUUUCUAUUAAUAAAAAGAAAACACUU